ACUCCGAUGUCGUAGUUCUCAUAACUGGUGUGCUGGUGUUGAUCGCUCUACUACCCAUGAUUCCUCAGACCAGUAAACAACUUCUGUGCGAUUACUUUGAUAUCUUUGGAAGGCUUGCUGCCUGGAACCAACGUCACCCAGGUCAUGCUCAGGGAGUGUUUGCAGUCCAUCUACAUGCCAGCGUAUACUCGCUUUUUCAUCGUUUAUAUGGCAUGUAUCCCUGUAAUUUCGUUUCUUACUUGCGUGCCCACUACAGUAUGAAGGAAAAUGUUGACACAUUUGAGGAAGUGGUGAAGCCCAUGUUAGAGUAUGUACGGAUACAUCCUGAGCUCAUCACUGGAACCAAAGACUACGAGGUUGAUCCAAUUAGAUGGAAGAGAUUUGAGCCUCAUGAUAUUGUGAUUGAAUGUGCCAAAAUUUCACUGGAUUCUAAGGAGGCAUCAUCUGAAGAAGGAUACUCCUCUCUGUCGGAUCACAUACCACGACGCCCUGUGGAACAUAGCCGAUCAUGCUCAGAGCUCAGCAUCCAUGAAAUCACAUCGGUCACACCAGUGGCUUCUGUUCAUCAGUCUCUUUUUCUGUCACUACCUUAUCUCACUGUAACCCAAGACUCAGGUUCCAGCGCACAGACCCCCAACCAUCAGAGUGAUGGGAUGAACUCCUCAGGGACAAAGGAGGAGAUGUGGAGUCCUUCCUCAGUGUGUGGGAUGACCACCCCUCCCAGCUCUAGAGGAAUGUCCCCCACCACAGUUUCUGAUGUCUCACAUAGUGCCUCCCACCUCUCAGGACGGAUCCCCAGCACGUCAGGGGAUGGAAAAUGGACCCUUUCUCCCUCCACACCCUCAGGGUCAUCUCCUCUCCCAUCACUCUCAGAGGAAAUAGGGCAGCUUGCCCAAAACACCAGCAGUACUCAGGCUAAGGUGAUUCAGACAGGCAAAGACCUGAAGAAAGUCACGCCUAGAAGUAUUAAUAACAAUGGAGGUGCAAGUGAUGCCAAGACUCCGGUGUCAUUGGAGCAGCUCUCUGACAUUGUCAAAAGGACAGACGGGGAGAGAGAGGAUGAUACCAUCAAUGAGGAGAUUUUGAGUCUGACCCAUGGGAGACUGGAAUUCGGAAUGAGACUGGAUUCCUCAUUUUCUGGCUCCUUCGACACCCUCCUCUCGUCUCACCCCAGCCAUGAGCAGAAUUUAGUGUCCACACCAGACAGGGUUGAAUUUUCUGCCAAAGGAGGAGAGCAGCAACCCUGGUCCCUCUGGCCCGCUUUCACCCCCAUUGAAAACGGGAAGUGUAGUAAAUGUUCUGUGUCUGAUCUGACGAAGGAGUCCAUGCCAUAUGAGCCACUGUUUGACCUCGCUCUGCCUAAAGUGGCAUCUCUGUUUUUGGAAAGGAAGACCGCAGAGGCCAUCCAGAGAGCUGAUGAAGAAAGGGAGCACCGAGAGGAGCUAGAGGGAGAGGAUCUUUCUGCCACUUCCCCUCUGGAGGUAUUGGACCGGGUUAUCCAGCAGGGUCAUGACACCCAUGAGAAAGUGCUGAAGAGAACUCCGUCUUCUCAAAGCCAAUCAGCAGACCCACACUCUGGAGGUAAACAGCAUAGCAAUAAAGGAAAAGGUCCUGCGUCUACAGCGUCAGAUGAGCUGGGGAUGUUGCACAGUCAGCUGCUGUUGCUGCAUAACCAGCUGCUGUAUGAGAGACAUAAGAGAGAGCAACAUGCACUUCGUAACCGCCGUCUGUUCGGACGUAUUGUCAAUGCUACUGCACUGGAAGAGCAAAACAACUCCAUGAAAACCCAACUCAAGCUUCAGGACAUUGAGAUCCAGGCUGUGCAGGUAAGCCUGAAAGAAGAACAGCGGCGCUCCAGGCAUAUACAGGAAGACAGAGACGCUCUUGUGAACCAACUGCAGACUCAAAUCCAGCAGCUACAGAAGGAGCGGAAUGACUACUACUCAAAGAUGCAGGAGCUAAAGAGUGAUUUGCAAGAGAAUCAGAAGAAGGUCAGAGAAAUGGAAGCAGAGCUCCAGAAAGCCAAUAACAAAGUGUGUAAUAUGGGACACAUGCUCAGCCAGCUGUCCAUCAAGCUGAACAAUAGUGAAAACAUGGAGCAGCAGAUGGCUUUCCUGAACAAGCAGCUGCUGCUUUUGGGUGAAGCCAACAAGUUAUGUGUGGAGGAAAUCGACCGCUUGGGACCUGAGGCUAGCAAGGAGCUGAAUAUGCUGCAGGCAUCUUCACUGCGUGAGGCUGAGCGUUUGAGGCAGAGCUCUCUUCAGCAGAGUCAGAGACUUGAAGCCGCUCAACAGCGCAUCACAGACCUGGAGACCCAACACACCAAGAAAGAGCAAGCCAUCCGAGAGCAAAAGAAACUGCUGGAGAAUGUCAAAAGCCAGGCCACGGAGCAUCUGCAGGCUUCAGAGAACAGGUAUCUGGCCCAGAAGCACAUCACUCAGGCAUUACAAUCUGAGCUGCUUGAGCUCUAUAGCCAAAUAGAGCUCAAAAACCUGAACACUAAAUCACCAGCAGAGCCCACUUCUGAACCCAACAGUCCAACCAAGCAGAGGCCAAAUGGCAACCGCACAGGCCCAUCUGCUCCGUCAGCUGACCCAAUGAAAAAGGAGGAAGGCAUGCACGUGUGUGUCAAUGGUGAAAUAUCUGCCGGGUCUCCUCAAACACCCACAGCACUCAUUAAUGGCAGUCAGGAAGAAGAUCUUUCCGCCCUUACCCAUUCAUUUCCUGCUCUCCCCUGCGACUCCCCACUGGCAGUUGGCUCUUACCCCAGUACCAGAAGCUUUUUGGGCAAGAGAGCCAGAGAGAUGUUUCGAAAUAAGAGCGAGAGCCACUAUGAGGGUGAGCCGGCCGCCUUCACCUGCCUCUCUAAGGAUCUUAAGGUUGAGCCAAUCACAGAGCCCACAGAGAGCGUGGAGCUUGAAGAGGCUACUGACCAGGCUGACCUGCAGCCCAUGGACAGACCCAGAGCGUAUAAUAUUCAGCGGAGGAGGCAGCAAGAUCUGAGGAUCAUGGACUACAAUGAGACCCACCAUAAGCAUUGAUUGUACACUGCUGAUAAUUUUGGACCCAGUAUUAGAAUGCACUGCUCUUUUUGUUAGAGUGGUUUGCAAAGUUUUAGUUAAUUUUAAAAGCUCUUAUACUACAAAACAGCCAAAAAAAUUAAAAAGUUGUUGGUUGGCAGGUGCCAUGUAGUCACCACAGUGGCAAGAGAAUAUCUUGUCUUCAAAAAAGCGUCACUUAUAUUUUGUCUAUUACGAAUUCAUUUUUUUUUUUUAUAAUCUGCAUUUAGUGAGCGACCGUGGUGAUUAUAUUGCGUGGUGGUUGGAUGUUAUUCGGGCCUCACUGUACUUUUCAGCAAAUCUAUUGACUUAAUCACUGUAUUUGCUCUUGUAAUUGUACCAUCCGGUUUCCAAUCCUCCUUAAUUUGUCCACGCAAAAUGGCUACUUGAGUCGCUUCGAGAUGAGCAUUGUUAA